UUAUUGGACGUAUACGUACAUACACACACUCGUGAAAUGUGUUGAUGCGAAAAUACGCAACGGAUCGCAACGACGUUGAAGUGUACUGACACCGGCGGCGGCACGGCAGCCAACAACGGUGCGAGCGGCUACUGCGAGCGUGCACGCUCUCGAGGCUCGAGCAUCAUGAGUAUGAGCGAGGCUGCGCCGCAAUCGAAAGAAAGAGUCGCUUGAUGGGCCGAUCGUUGCGACCCGAUCGUUGGAUUGUUGCCGGAGAGCAAGUCCGGCAGUCGAGAGGACAACUUCCUGUGAUGCGCCACUAUCCGUUCUCUCGCAUGCUGUUUCACCAGUGCCUCGGCAAUGCGAUGAAGAAGACAAUCACGACGACGACAACGACAACGACGACGACGACGACGACGACGACGACGAUGAUGAUGAUGAUGAUGAUGAUGAUGAUGAUGAUGAUGAUGCCGUGCGACAGCCGUUCCACGCGUGCUGCAUUCCGGCAGUGAUCGGCGCGCACGUUGAUGGUGCUAUUUUAUAAUGACACGAGUACACGAUAACCGAGCGCAACGUGGAACUGUUGUCGCGGUUGCUUGAAUCGUGAAACCGACUCUUCAGCGCGAAUUCGUUCGUCCCGUUGAACCAUCGUCCGUCCGUCGGACUAAACGAUCCCGGGCGUAAUGGCAACUCACAAGACGGGCGGGCAGAGUGCCCGUAAGAAAGUACAGGUGUCUAUGGUUAUACGCGAUGAGGUGGAGAGGCAGCACAGAGCUGGUGUUAAUUCCCUGCAGUACGAUCCAGCUCUGCAUAGGCUAUAUUCUGCUGGUAGAGACAGUAUUAUAAGGAUAUGGAAUUGCAGAAAUAUGAAAGAGCCAUAUACACAAUCCAUGGAACAUCACACGGAUUGGGUCAACGAUAUAGUGUUAUGUUGUGGUGGCAAGAAUCUUAUAUCUGCGAGUUCGGACACUACUGUUAAAGUUUGGAAUGCGCAUAAGGGUUUUUGCAUGUCUACACUGCGUACACAUAAGGACUAUGUGAAGGCAUUAGCAUAUGCCAAGGAUAGGGAGCAGGUUGCUAGUGCAGGUUUAGAUAAGUCGAUAUUUCUUUGGGACGUCAAUACGCUGACUGCUCUUACUGCAAGUAACAACACAGUGACAACUUCAUCAUUGAGUGGCAACAGAGAUUCCAUAUAUAGUCUUGCCAUGAAUCAAACUGGCACUAUUAUCGUGAGCGGCAGCACAGAGAAAGUUCUUCGUGUGUGGGAUCCACGAUUUUGUACCAAACUCAUGAAACUUCGUGGCCACACGGACAAUAUUAAAGCAUUGGUCUUGAACAGGGACGGCACUCAAUGUUUAUCGGCCAGUUCUGAUGGCACUAUUAAACUAUGGUCGAUAGGUCAACAGAGAUGUGUGCAAACGUACAGAGUUCAUAAGGAAGGUGUAUGGGCAUUACUGGCAACAGAUAGUUUUAGCCAUGUAAUAUCCGGAGGCAGGGAUAAAAGGAUAGUGAUGACAGAAUUAGGCUACGCGGAGAGAUACACAGUUAUCUGCGAGGAAAAAGCACCUAUAUUGAAGAUGGCUAUGACGCCAGAUCAAUCUAGUAUUUGGGUAGCGACUAGCGAAUCAACCAUUAAUAAUUGGUCUAUAAACCAAAAGGACUGGCAAGAGUUGGGAAUUGGAGAUUAUUGCGACUCCGCUAGUAACGUAUCGGGCGGUGUGAACAUAUUGAGAAACACUGAACCCACGCAAAAGAUACUAGGUGGCCCUGCCAUAAGACAUUAUCGCGUAUUAAAUGAUAAAAGACACGUCAUGACGAAAGACACGGAGGAAAAUGUUGCGUUGUACGAUGUAUUAAAAGCGUGUAAAGUAGAAGAUUUAGGCAGAGUUGAUUUCGAACAGGAGUGUAAAAAGAGAAAUAAAAUGGUAUAUGUUCCAAACUGGUUUAAUGUCGAUCUCAAAACAGGGAUGUUAACUAUACACUUAGGACAAGACGAGAACGACUGUUUCUCUGCAUGGGUUUCUGCGAAGGAGACCGGUCUGGCAGAGAACGAUGCUAUAGAUCAAAAAGUAAAUUAUGGGAAUCUACUGUUGCAAGCCUUACUCGAGCACUGGUGGAAGCCGUUACACGUUGACGAUGAGAACGAAGGUAAUAGUAAUGAUGGAAAUGGUCCUAUACACACGAGAGGAGGAAAUCCAUACUUCUCGGUACCUAGUCAUACACCUGUCAUCUUCAGUGAAGUGGGAGGCAGGACUCUUUAUCGACUAUUAGUCCGGGAUGCCAUGGGAGAAACCGAAGGUGUGCUAUUAAACGAAACAGUACCGCCAUGGGUAGUGAAUAUUGUCGUGGACAAGAAUCUUCCGCAGUUUAUUAAGAUACCUUUCUACCUUCUUCCACACGCUACUUCCGGUGUAAAGAGUCUGAAGAAGGAUCGUUUGAUCGCGAAUGAUUUUAUACAAGUGCGUAAAGUGGCGGAGCAUGUUUAUGAUAAGGUGCUCGGUGCGGGAAGCGAUUCAGGUUCGGUAGCUGGUGGUGGAAACACGGUUUCUGGUGGAUCUCCGGCGGGCGAUAGAACAAAUACGGAUUCCAAUGCUGACAAUUCUUCGUUGGCAGAGGAAAAGGUCGAACUCUUAUGUAACGAUCAGGUCUUGGAUCCCUCGAUGGAUUUGAGAACGGUCAGGCACUUUAUUUGGAAGAGUUCAACGGAUUUGACACUUCAUUAUCGCCCUGUUAAAUAGUUAGGAUUAACUACAUUACAUCAUGAGUCUUUACAGUGUGCCUGGUUUUAUACCAUGAAUAGUGGAAAAUACAUGGGCUACUUGCAGAAUAUGGUACCUUGUGCCACUGUCUCCUUAGGAAACGAUCACCUGGAUUUCACGGAUGUUUCGUAUGACGUCGAGGCAGGAAUGAAGGAUAGCAGCGAGGCAUAUUUGGAGUAUUAGGAAUAGCACGUAAAGUUCGAAGGCAAUAAUGUGUGGAAGUAUUAAACGUAAAUUGCUCACUUUUAUACACCUGCAUCCUGCGGCCAAAUUCACACAACAGAGCAUCACUCUCGAUCGACUCAAUCCGCUUGAGAAUAGCAUGCUUUUUGUACCUGGAUGUAGAAUUUAAAACGCUUGUUGUCAGCCAUUUAUCGUCUUCCCACGUGAGAAUUAUCAGUAAGAAUGUACGGCACAAAGAUGAAGGGAGAAAAGAAUGGAGGGAUAGACCGCAUGGCCGAAAAAAUCAUUAGUUUCGUUAGGUCUAAAUGCCAGGUGAUCCUCAUGUGAAUGCUUCUUAAGAUUUUUUUAUCAGUUAUAUUUUAGCUGAAUACUCCGUAACGAGUAAGUAGGAUUUUUUUCGUUUUAGUAUUGUAAUAAAAGUAUUGAAUAUUUAUUGAAAGUAUAAAAAAAAAAGAAAUGUAUAAUGUUUCGUUACGUGUAUGCAUGCAAAAUAUACUCCACACUUGCCUUGUUACAUUAGAAAGCGGAGAGAAGAAAAUAUAUAUAUGAAAGAGAGAAGAGAAAUAUGUCAAUUUAUCAUUAAUCAAAUUAUAUUUGAAUAGCCAAAUUAGAGGUUCAAUAUUUCCUAUCUCGUUCACUUGGGAAAUAAUAAAAAAAGUGUAUUUGUCUGCAAUGUAAUAGGAUCAAAUUCUGUCUCUUGAUCGAAACUAAUAAAGUAUGAAUAUAUGAAUACCACCAUACUUUUAUACACACUACAAAAUAAAUGACGCCUUCGAGUACGGAGGAACAUGCAGUAUUCAAUAACAGAAUUUGAUCUUGGAAGAGAUUUAUAAGGAAUAAAAAUUAUGUAGUUGUUUUUAUGUUAACAUAUUCAAUUUUCUAGAUCCUAUAUAAAGUGUAUAUAUGAACGCGAUUGUGAAUAAUGUCCAUUAAUAGUAGGUUGUAUGAAUAAAAAUUUAACAAAUCUCUUAUUGUGCAGACAAUUCAGAUUACAAGCCGAUAAUAUUAUUAUAUGCUGUUACUGCAAACAGUUAAAGAUCUUCAGGGGAGAAAGAAGUUACGUUAUUAGCUCAUAUAUAUUAACAUGGUCUGUGAGUUACAUGGUUUGCGUUAUUAAAAUUGUAUAAACAAAUAUUUUUACAAGUGCAAAUGUGUACCAUUAUCAUUUUAAAGCGCUACACAAUGUAUGAUACAUCGCUUGUUAUCAAGCUUAAGUUAAACCUUGAUUUGGUAAUGCUUUACAUACGUAAGGGUUUAUUUGUUAUCGCUUCGUUUUCCAUUCGCAAGAAUAGAUAUUGUUAAGAUACUACGAUAAAGAGAUACUACUUUUGACUCAAUGAGGAUAUGUGGAGGUGCGACUGGCAAAAAAGAAAAUGUAUCGUCCUAGUUAAGGUUGCCUUAUUUGUUAUCUUUACGGACACUGUUUCAAAAGAAAUUGUGCAGUGAAUUUAUAUUUUUUUAAUCGUUAUGGAAUCUUAAAAUAUAAUUUCAAACCAAAUGUAAAUUAGAUUGUAGCAUAAAAAUAUAGUUAUCUUUUAAACACCUUAAUACGGUAUGUUACGAAAAAAGAUAAGAAUUGUAAGUUGCGUUUGAUUUUUAAAAUUAUUUAUUACGACAUAUGACUCGUACGAUAGUAUAUAUAGUGGUUAAUAAUAAUUAAUGAGAGUUAUUUGAUUCAUUGUAUAGUUCUCUCAGAGUAUGCUGUACAUAUUAGUGUUCUCUAUGCAAAUGUAUCUCUUGCAUAAAUCGAGAUUGAUCAUCCUGCGAUUUUAUUUUUUCGAACAAGUCAUUCACUUUAGACAUUCGUUAUCAUAAAUCAAGAGAGUAAUCGUGAUGUGCCUGAUCAUAGAUCAUAAGUUACAAAGGGCAUUUCAAUUAUGACUUGUAUUGAUAUUUAAAACAGUCCAUAAUUACAAAAUACGCGAUCCAAAUACACAUUACUAUUUUGUUCAUAUCAUAUAUGAAUGACAUUAUAGAAAUUAUAAAGUGCGUCAAGAAGUUACCACUAUCGUCAUUUAUUCUGUAGCGGGCAGCAUAUAUGAUGAGCAUACGAUGAUGCAUUUAGUCUCAUCAUUUAAAACACCGCUUGUGCACGAAGAAACUGAAAUAUUAAUAUAUUAGAACGUUAAUAGUGUGAAAAAUCAAAAUCAACUUCAUCUCGCUUUAACGUUAUAUUGAGUAUUGAGGAUAACAAUGUUGGUAUUUAUGACCUGUAUAAAAAAGAAAGCAGUUGUAUAAUGGUGCCAAAUUUUAUACUAAAAGUAAUAUUCCGUAGCGCACCAAUAGUUCGACAGAGAAAGAGAGCAUUUUGUUUCUGUAAACCUGCUUUAUUAUUAAGCGCAGGUUCUACAGUGGUACUAUUUAUGAUAUAAGGCUACAUAGUAGCGAGAAAGUUAUGAAAUUUAUAAUUUUUUUAGAACGAGAUAAAAAUUAGACUAAUAUCGUCUCGUCUCUGCAAAAGUAUCGAAUGUAUGUAUAUCAUACGAAUUUGUAAAAUACGUUUUACAAAUACUGUCCUAAUGUGAGUUAUCACACACUUUCCAGUGUCAGUCUAAACAUGUCAGAUUUUCUACAAUUUUCUACAAGAGUGUACAAUGAGAGACGAUAUUUCUGUCAUCCUCGAUUUCGUGUGUUUAUCUGAUUAUCUUUGUAAUAUAUUGUCGUAUCGCUUCGAGAUUAAUCGGGAUUUAUAUUAAUAGGAUUGCAGAACGAUAAUACGAAAAUCCAUAUCAGAAAGAGGAUUGAUUUCCAUUUGUAUUUAUCGUCUACUUUACAAUAAUAUGGCAUCACUCCAAACUAUGUACACUAUAAAAAAGAAGUAAUCAGUAUUUAAAUAAAAUAUAUAAUUUAAUACAGAAUACAAAAGAGAUUGCAUUGCCCAUAUGUAGCGAUGAUAUGUGAACAAAAAAUUUCGGCUAUUAUUGAUUUCACCAACCACAAAUCUUUAAAUGCUAUCCAUCGAGAAUACUCUCGACAGCUUGUACGAAAGAGACGCAUACUUUCGCUGGCCCUGGAGUAAUCGUAUUCUCAUCCCCUGCUCUGUACUUGCCAGUUUGUACCAAAAUACCUCUGAUACCGGCUGCCUGCGCACCGGC